AUGACCACUUUACUUUUGGUUUUGGUGACUCUGAGGGUCAUCGCUGCAGCCGUGUCAGAAGAAAUGUCAGACCAUGACAACUCGCUGAGUGUGAGCAUCCCCCAACCGUCCCCACUGAAGGUCCUGCUGGGGACCUCGCUUACCAUCCCCUGCUAUUUCAUUGACCCCAUGCACCCUGUGACCACUGCCCCCUCCACUGCCCCGCUGGCCCCAAGAAUCAAGUGGAGCCGUGUUUCCAAGGAGAAGGAGGUGGUGUUGUUGGUGGCAACCGAAGGCCAUGUGCGAGUCAACAGCGCCUACCAAGACAAGGUCUCGCUGCCCAACUACCCGGCCAUCCCCAGCGAUGCCACCUUGGAAAUUCAGAACCUGCGCACCAAUGACUCCGGGAUCUAUCGCUGUGAGGUGAUUCACGGCAUCGAGGACAGCCAGGCCACCCUGGAGGUUGUGGUGAAAGGCGUCGUGUUCCACUACCGGGCCAUCUCCACGCGCUACACCCUGGACUUCGACAGGGCGCAGCGGGCUUGCCUGCAGAGCAGUGCCAUCAUCGCCACACCUGAGCAGCUGCAGGCUGCCUACGAGGACGGCUUCCACCAGUGUGACGCCGGCUGGCUGGCCGACCAGACUGUCAGGUACCCCAUCCACACUCCCCGGGAGGGCUGCUAUGGAGACAAGGAUGAGUUUCCUGGUGUGAGGACCUAUGGCAUCCGUGACACCAAUGAGACCUAUGACGUGUACUGCUUCGCCGAGGAGAUGGAGGGCGAGGUGUUUUAUGCAACAUCUCCAGAGAAGUUCACCUUCCAAGAGGCAGCCAGCGAGUGCCGUCGGCUGGGCGCCCGGCUGGCCACCACGGGCCAGCUCUACCUGGCCUGGCAGGGCGGAAUGGACAUGUGCAGUGCUGGCUGGCUGGCUGACCGCAGCGUGCGUUACCCCAUCUCCAAGGCCAGGCCCAACUGCGGGGGUAACCUCCUGGGUGUGAGGACCGUCUACGUGCAUGCCAACCAGACGGGCUACCCCGACCCCUCAUCCCGCUACGACGCCAUCUGCUACACAGGUGAAGACUUUGUGGACAUCCCAGAAAACUUCUUCGGGGUGGGUGGUGAGGAGGACAUCACCAUCCAGACGGUGACCUGGCCCGACGUGGAGCUGCCCUUGCCUCGAAACAUCACGGAGGGGGAGGCCCGCGGCCACGAGAUCCUCACUGUGAAGCCCAUCUUUGGUGUCUCCCCCACCGCCCUGGAGCCUGAGGCAACUGAUGUGGGCUCCACGGUCUUCCCCGAGGAGGAGAACGGCACAGAAUUGGCCACAAGACCCUGGGGCUUUCCUGAGGAAUCCACGCCUAGGCUGGGCCCUGUCACGGCCUUCACCAGUGAGGACCUGGUGGUGCAGGUGACCAUUGGCCCAGGUGCAGCCGAGGUCCCUGGGCAGCCCCGUUUGCCAGGAGGGGUCGUGUUCCACUACCGCCCGGGGUCCACCCGAUACUCACUGACCUUCAAGGAGGCUCGGCAGGCCUGCCUGGACACCGGGGCAGUCAUGGCCACACCAGAGCAGCUGCAGGCAGCCUACGAGGCAGGCUACGAGCAGUGUGACGCCGGCUGGCUGCAGGACCAGACCGUCAGAUACCCCAUUGUGAGCCCACGGACCCCCUGUGUGGGGGACAAGGACAGCAGCCCAGGAGUCAGGACCUAUGGCAUCCGUCCGUCCUCAGAAACCUAUGAUGUCUACUGCUAUGUGGACAAGCUCGAAG